UGACGGAGAGAGAGAAGAGAGAGAGAGAGAGAAAGAGAGAGAAAGGGAAGGAGACAGAGAGAAAAGAGGAUCCAAGAGGGGCGCGAGAACUGUCUCACUAUCACCAAGAAAACCAAAACGGAAAUAUAAAAAAAAAAAGAGAGAAGAAAACAAUGGCAGCAGCUAGAAGAGCUACCAACAGCGACCUUCCCAUGCUUCCAUUCUCUUUCACAUAGAAAAUGAGACCUAUCUCUCUCUGUAAACCCUAAUCUCCCAUUUCCUCUGCAACCUAUACGCUCAUAUGCCGCUUUAGCUCUUCAAGGCUCGAUUUUCCUUUGCCUUUUGGCGAUACAUUUCCAAUUUGAUUCUCUAUUUUGAUCUAUUUGUCUCUUGAUUUUGACAAUGGAGGCAUUGAUGCAGCUCUGCGACGUGGCGGCGCAGAAUCCGGCACAAUUUGCGGAAAAAUUGGCGUGGAUUUGUAGCCGAUGUCCGCAACCGGACUCGUUGCUCGCCGGAUCGCCUAGGGUUUCGCGUUCGCAGCUCAAUGCGGUCCUCGCCGUGGCUUUAUUCCUCUCCAAGUGUUCUGUCUCUACCGAUAACAGGCCACAAUCUAUUGUUCUUGAGUUUUUUCGUGCGAUUCCGUCGUCGUUUAGGCAAUCAUUUUGGCCCCAGUCGUUCAGCCUGGACUCGAUCUCAUCGUUCUACGUUGAUUUCUUGGGAUACGUGUCAAAAGCGGCGGAGUUGUCGCUGGAUUUCGCUGAGGAGAUUGCUGAUUAUGUUGGUGACGUCGUUAUGGCGGGGCUCAAUAACAAUGUCAGUGAGAAUUUGGCUAUUUCCAGGGCUUUUUUGCUGGCUUUAUCGCAGAAUUUCCCUCCAAUUGUACAGUCCGAUGCGGAGAAACUGGUGAUGUGCCUUCUCGAUCAAUUUUGUGUGCCCGUACAGGUUCCUGCUUCUCCUAUUGAACCGAUUGUUAUCAACUCUGAAACGUCCUCGUCUCAGAGUUCGCCAUUAAACCAGCACAACUAUAAUCCCAGCAAUGAGAUUUCAAGUCCCGCGAAUGAUUUGAGCCACGUUUCGGGGUCGUCCAGUGCCAGUGUGGUGUCGUCAAUGUCAGUGAUGUUAAACGGUAGCAGUGUAAUGUGGAAGAGUGGGUUUGAUUCUAUGGGAAUGAGUUUUGGGUUCAAUGAUGGAGGCGGGGGCUUGUUUAGGCAACAAGUGGCUUCCUUUGAGGAGGAGACUGUGGAGGGAUUGGAGAAGCAGGUGAUUGCAUUUAAAUUAAUCAUGCAUGUCUUAGAUCAUGUGAAGAUUGAUAACGAGCUUUUGAAGAACCUGAGUUCAAUUGCAAAGAAGCAACUACAGUCCCUGUCCGCAUUUCUGAAGAUAAGGAAGCGGGAUUGGACUGAACAAGGACAACUUUUAAAAUCUAGAGUGAAUGCAAAACUGUCUGUUUAUCAAGCUGCAUGCAGGAUGAAACUUAAGUGUCUUGCAUCUAUUGAUGCGGAUGGGAAAACUUCCAAAAGGUUGGUGCUGGAGACUCUUGCACUAAUGAUAGAUGCCGCAGAAGCAUGUUUGCUGUCUGUGUGGCGAAAGUUGAGAAGUUGUGAAGAGCUGUUCAGUUCCCUCCUUACUGGCACUGCACAUAUUGCUGUCAGUAAAGGAGGUCAGCCGUUGCGUGUGCUGCUUAUUCGUCUCAAACCUCUCGUGCUGACUGCAUGUGCACAGGCUGAUGCUUGGGGUGGCAGCCAGGGAGCCAUGUUCGAUACUGUCAUGCAUACUAGUUGUCAGAUAAUUGAAUCUGGCUGGACUAAGGACCGUUCUCCUGUUGACACAUUUAUCAUGGGAUUAGCCACAAGUAUACGUGAACGAAAUGAUUACGAUGAACAGGUUGACAAGGAGAAGCGGGCAGUUCCUGGUGUGCAGCUUAAUGUCAUUCGUCUACUAGCUGAUUUGACUGUUUCUGUUAACAAGUCUGAAGUGGUAGACAUGAUACUGCCGCUUUUUAUUGAAAGCUUAGAAGAGGGUGAUGCUUCAACUCCUGGUUUAUUGCGACUCCGACUUCUUGAUGCUGUAUCUCGCAUAGCAAGUUUAGGUUUUGAGAAGUCAUAUCGUGAGACUGUUGUUCUGAUGACAAGGAGUUACUUGAGUAAACUAUCUGGUGUAGGGUCUGCUGAAAGCAAAACAUUGGCACCGGAAGCCACUACGGAACGUGUUGAGACUCUUCCUGCAGGAUUUCUUUUGAUUGCUAAUGGCCUUAAGAUUAUGAAAUUGCGUUCAGACUAUCGUCAUCGUUUACUAUCUUUGUGCUCAGAUGUAGGCCUGGCUGCUGAAUCCAAAAGUGGAAGGAGUGGAGCAGAUUUUCUGGGACCUCUACUUCCUGCUGUUGCUGAAAUAUGUUCUGACUUUGAUCCUACUGUCGAUGUGGAACCGUCACUUUUGAAGUUAUUCCGAAAUUUAUGGUUCUAUGUUGCUCUUUUUGGUUUAGCACCUCCUAUACAGAAAAUUCAACAACCAGCAAAGCCAGUUUCAACUACAUUGAACAGCGUGGGAAGCAUGGGUACUAUUGCUCUUCAGGCAGUGGGCGGACCAUACAUGUGGAAUGCACUGUGGUCAUCUGCUGUUCAGCGAAUUGCUCAAGGGACUCCUCCUCUUGUUGUCAGCUCAGUAAAAUGGCUCGAAGAUGAAUUGGAACUCAAUGCCCUCCACAACCCUGGAAGUCGUCGAGGGAGUGGCAAUGAGAAAGCAGCUGUGAGCCAAAGAGCUGCUCUUUCAGCUGCCUUAGGUGGGCGAGUUGAUAUUGCAGCAAUGAGCACAAUUUCAGGUGUGAAGGCAACCUAUCUUCUUGCUGUAGCCUUUUUGGAGAUAAUACGAUUCAGCAGUAAUGGUGGCAUCCUUAAUGGUUGCACUGGUUUGACUGCUUCUAGGAGUGCCUUCAGUUGUGUCUUCGAAUACUUAAAAACUCCAAACCUUAUGCCAGCUGUCUUCCAAUGUUUGACAGCAAUUGUCCACAGGGCAUUUGAAGCAGCAGUACAGUGGCUGGAAGAUCGAAUAAGCGAAACAGGCAAAGAAGCUGAGAUCAGAGAAUCAACUCUUUUUGCUCAUACCUGUUUUCUCAUUAAAAGCAUGUCACAGAGGGAGGAACACAUCCGGGAUAUUACUGUAAACUUGUUGACUCAGCUUAGAGAUAAGUUCCCUCAGGUUUUGUGGAAUUCUUCCUGCUUAGACUCCCUGCUAUUUUCAGUUCACAACGACUCAUCUCCUGGUGUUGUUAAUGAUCCUGCUUGGAUAGCGACAGUCCGUUCUUUGUACCAAAGAAUUCUGAGAGAAUGGAUCAGUAUAUCACUUUCAUAUGCCCCAUGUACUAGCCAGGGCCUACUUCAGGAAAAGCUAUGCAAAGCAAACACAUGGCAGAGAGCACAACCUACAGCUGAUGUGGUUUCUCUUUUAACUGAGAUACGGAUUGGCACUGGUAAAAAUGAUUGGACAGGCAUACGAACAGCUAAUAUUCCUUCAGUCAUGGCCGCAGCAGCUGCUGCAUCAGGAGCAAACUUGAAAUUGACAGAAGCCUUCAAUUUGGAGGUACUCAGUACUGGUAUGGUCAGUGCAACAGUUAAGUGCAACCAUGCUGGAGAAAUUGCUGGCAUGAGAAGGUUGUAUAGCAGUAUUGGUGGAUUUCAACCUGGUAAUGUACCAACAGGUUUUAGCAGUGGUCUCCAGAGAUUAAUAUCUGGAGCAUUUUCUCAACCGCCACAGGCUGAGGAUGAUUCUUUUAAUGAGAUUUUACUUAAUAAGUUUGUGCAUCUUCUUCAACAAUUUGUUAGUACUGCAGAAAAAGGUGGCGAAGUGGACAAGUCACAGUUCCGUGAUACUUGUUCUCAAGCGACAGCAUUACUUCUCUCAAAUCUGGUUUCUGAUUUAAAAUCAAAUGUAGAGGGCUUUGUGCAACUUUUGCGCCUUCUUUGCUGGUGUCCAGCGUAUAUUUCUACUUCAGAUGCAAUGGAAACUGGCGUUUUCAUUUGGACUUGGUUGGUUUCUGCUGCUCCGCAAUUGGGAUCUCUUGUUCUUGCUGAGCUUGUUGAUGCAUGGUUAUGGACAAUUGAUACAAAACGAGGUCUCUUUGCAUCUGAGGUGAAGUAUUCUGGACCUGCUGCGAAAUUGAGGCCUCAGCUUGCACCUGGGGAACCAGAGCUGCCACCCGAAAUUGAUCCUGUUGAACAAAUAAUGGCACAUAGACUAUGGCUUGGAUUUUUCAUUGAUCGCUUUGAGGUAGUUCAUCACAAUAGUGUUGAGCAACUCUUGCUCCUUGGCCGACUGUUGCAAGGGACCAUGAAAUCACCAUGGAACUUUUCACGCCAUCCUGCAGCUACUGGCACAUUUUUCACUUGCAUGCUUCUAGGGCUCAAGUUUUGCUCUUGCCAAAGCCAGGGGAAUUUGCAGGGUUUUAAAUCAGGGCUUCAACUGCUAGAGGACCGGAUCUAUAGGACUUGUUUGGUCUGGUUUGCUUCUGAGCCUGAAUGGUAUGACAUAAACAAUAUGAAUUUUGCACAAAGCGAGGCUCAGUCUGUCUCUCUAUUUGUCCACUAUCUUUCGAAUGAGCGAACAGAUGUUCAAUCUGAUGCAAAAGGACGGGGACCAGAUAAUGGAAUUUCUGUGGCUGAUAUGAAUGAUCAGUUUCACCCUAUCUGGGGCCAAAUGGAGAAUUAUGUUGUGGGAAGAGAAAAACGGAAGCAGCUGCUUUUGAUGUUAUGCCAACAUGAGGCUGAUAGGCUUGAAGUUUGGGCACAACCCACAAAUUCAAAGGAAAACACAUCACGGCCUAAAAUUAGCUCUGAGAAGUGGAUUGACUAUGCUAGGACUGCUUUUUCUGUGGAUCCUCGGAUUGCCUUAUCCUUGGCCUCGAGGUUCCCUGCAAAUGCUUCUUUGAAGGCUGAAAUAACUCAUCUUGUUCAGUCACAUAUUCUGGAAAUUCGUUGCAUACCUGAAGCAUUGCCUUAUUUUGUCACCCCAAAGGCUGUUGACGAAAAUUCAGUGCUUUUGCAACAACUGCCUCACUGGGCUGCUUGUUCAAUCACACAAGCUCUUGAGUUCCUCACUCCUGCAUAUAAGGGUCAUCCGCGCGUCAUGGCAUAUGUUCUCAGGGUUUUGGAAUCCUACCCUCCAGAGCGAGUGACCUUCUUCAUGCCACAGCUAGUGCAGUCUCUGAGAUACGAUGAAGAGAGGUUAGUUGAAGGGUAUUUGCUCAGAGCUGCUCAAAGAAGUGACAUAUUCGCUCAUAUUCUGAUAUGGCAUAUACAGGGUGAGACGUGUGUACCGGAAGGAGGAAAAGAUGCUAUCUCUGGAAAGAAUAGUUCAUUUCAAGCGCUAUUGCCAAUUGUUCGGCAACAUAUAAUUGAUGGUUUCAAUUCCAAGGCCCGUGACAUGUUUGAAAGGGAAUUUUCAUUCUUUGACAAAGUCACAUCCGUUUCUGGUGUUCUCUUUCCGCUUCCUAAAGAAGAACGUCGAGCUGGGAUUCGGAAGGAGUUGGAGAAAAUUGAAAUGGAGGGAGAGGACCUUUAUUUACCGACUGCUCCUAGUAAGCUUGUCAGGGGAAUACAGGUGGACAGUGGAAUACCAUUACAGUCGGCAGCAAAAGUUCCGAUAAUGGUGACGUUUAAUGUGGUUGACCGGGAUGGUGACCGCAAUGAUAUAAAGCCUCAAGCUUGCAUUUUCAAGGUUGGAGAUGAUUGUCGACAAGAUGUUCUUGCCCUUCAAGUGAUAGCUCUACUUAGAGACAUAUUUGAAGCAGUUGGACUUAAUCUUUAUUUGUUUCCAUAUGGAGUUCUUCCAACUGGCCCAGAGAGAGGUAUUAUUGAGGUUGUGCCUAAUUCCCGGAGCAGAAGUCAAAUGGGUGAAACAACAGAUGGUGGUUUGUAUGAGAUUUUUCAACAAGAUUUUGGGCCUGUAGGCUCUCAUAGUUUUGAAGCAGCACGUGAGAACUUCAUCAUUAGCAGUGCUGGUUAUGCAGUUGCCAGUCUUUUGCUUCAACCAAAGGAUAGACACAAUGGGAAUCUUCUUUUUGACAAUUUGGGGAGGCUAGUUCAUAUUGAUUUCGGUUUCAUCUUCGAAAUAUCACCUGGUGGAAACAUGCGCUUUGAGAGUGCACACUUCAAGCUGAGCCAUGAGAUGACUCAAUUACUAGAUCCAUCUGGUGUUAUGAAGAGUGAAACCUGGUUCCAAUUUGUAAGUUUGUGUGUCAAGGGAUACCUUGCAGCCCGUCGUUACAUGGACGGGAUAAUCAACACUGUGCUGUUGAUGUUAGACAGCGGACUACCUUGCUUCAGUAGGGGUGACCCAAUUGGAAAUCUUCGCAAGAGAUUUCAUCCUGAGAUGAGUGAACGUGAAGCGGCCAAUUUCAUGAUUCGUGUGUGCACAGAUGCCUACAACAAGUGGACGACUGCUGGCUAUGACUUGAUACAAUAUCUGCAGCAAGGCAUUGAGAAGUAAAUGGAAAUCAUAUGCGAUUGGGACAUAAAUGUACAUGAUUGCCUGUAAUUUUGUAAUUGUAUUAUUCAAUCUUUACGGCUGUAAUUCUUUUCAAGGGAUUUCCACUAUAGAAAGCUGAGUUAAAGGGUUCUAGAAACGGCGCUUCUUUGUAACCUAGUGGUGGGAUUCCUGUUGAGGUUUGUAAAAGUACAGAUUGUUUUAUUCUUGUUACUAAUGAAAUUCGCAGUUCCUUAGAA